AUGCAUAUGCCGAAUGCUCACCGUCCCCAGCAUGAUGCUCUGCUGAUCUGCAACGUCGACCUGUCGCCAGAGCAACAAUAUGCGUUGACCAAGGCCUUUGAUCCUGAAUCUGAGAAUUACGGCCACGGUAAUAACAAGACGGAGGACACGAAGAAGUCUAUCCUUUAUCCCGACCUCAAGACGAUUCCCCGUGUUCCUCAGGUCCAGCUCAUCGGUAAUGGGACUACUCGCGUUUCACUCAAGGAUGAGGCCAAGGGAGCGACACGGUUCUAUCGCUGGCAUAUCGACGCCGCUUUGUACGACUUAUCCCCGCCUAGAGUGACCACUCUGUAUGGCAUCAAUGUACCGACUGGUCCAAAGCAGGUUUGUCGAUAUGACGAUGGGACAGGCGACAAGCUCCCUGUGCCUCUUGGAACGACUGCAUUCGUCUCCGGGAAGACCAUGUUCGAUAUCCUCCCUCCAGAGCUCAAGAGUCUUGCUGUACGCUCCAAAGUCAAGUACGCACCUCAUCCGUACGUAUGGAUGGCUCCCACUCAUGCGAUGCCGACUGGGCUGGGUAUCGAGUCUGAGGGAUUGGAGUUGCCGUUGAGCGAGCUUCCGCCUUGGGAGGAGGCCAAGCUGAAGAUCCUGCCGGUUGUUUGGAAGAACCCUGUGACAGAGAACUGA